AUUUAUGACGCGCUAUUGUGUGAGUGAUUUAUACGCGAGUGUUUGUGUGCAGCGGCAAAAUUUAUGAAAAUUGAAAAAAGGAUAUUUUCCUAUUAAAAUUACAAAACAAAAAAUUAAACUGGAAGAAACAUGGUUGAUUAUCCCGAUAUAAUUAACUUUACAAGAGAUGAGCUGUUGGAAGAAUUCUGUAAGCUCUUCGAUCGCUAUCAAGAUCUUAAGGAGUCCAACGAAGCGGAUACACAAAAAAUACACGAACUAAAGCGAUCGUUGGACACAGCAGUGGCUGCACAAGCCUAUCUCUCGCAAGAGUUGGAGCAGUACACAAGCAAUGAAAGCAAUCAAGAUGAUAAUGAAUUGCAGAAGGCAUUAAACGAGCUGGCUGAGCUAAGGAAACGUUAUAGUAAGUUGGAAAUAUCCUAUAAUACCCUGCAACAGGAUCACAAUGCACUGCUGGAGGAAAAUGCUCAGCUAACAAAGAAUAUAGAAGAGCUAAACAAACGCAAAGAACAAGAACCAGCCGUGGUUGAGAGUAAGAUAUCCGAGGAAGAUUUGCAGCGUAUACAAAUGUUGGAAACGGAAAAUAUGGAUCUAUUGGAAAAAAUGGAAGAUUUCCAGGAGCAAACUGUACGCUAUACCCUUACCAUUGCUGAGUGUGAGAAAAAUAUUGAAAUUUUGCGUGACCAAAUCAAUUGCUUGGAGGAGAAUCUACAAUCGAAAAAGGCCGAUCUUGACGAAAAGGUGCAAAUACUCGAAAGUACCCAAGAGCAAUUGGCCGAGGCUAAUGCCCAAAUUGCCAUGUUAUCGGCUGCUCCAGAAAACAAUGAUCGCAAAGGAAACUCCUUAUUUGCCGAAGUGGAUGAUCAACGCCAGGCCAUGAAACAAUUGCUUAAUUCUCAAAAGAAAAGCUACAUGCAAAUGAAAAAGAUCUACAAUGAGAGCGAACAUGAAAUUCGCCGUUUAAAACGAGAAAAUAUUGCCAUGCACACGGAACUGGAGGCAUGUAGUGCAAUAUUUUGUAAUGCCGAUAAGGUUUAUCAAGAAAAACUCAACGAACGCGUACGCAGUCUACUAAGCCAAAAUGAAGAACUUGAACGUAAAUUGAAAUGGAAUCAAGAGCGUCUUAAUGACUUGGCCAAGGAAAAAGGCGUUCUGUGGCUUGAUUCAAUGCUCAGUUAUUGCAAAAAGGAAACGGAAGACCUCAAACGGCAGUUACACAGCGUACGCUUACAAAAGGCAAAUCUAGAGGAGCAGCAAAGGAAUUCUCAACAGGAUUUGGCUAGAUGGAGAUUUGAGGCAUUGAAAUCACGUUGUUUACUUUUGGAUCGUGAACAUUUGCUAACCGAAAAUAAAAUUGACUUCAAACCUGUUCAUGCAUUCGAUUUUCACAUUGCUGAAAAGGAACAGAACGAGGCAAGGCCACGUAUUGUUAGCAGCCGUAGAAGUGCAACAUUUGAAAAUAUCAAUCGUAAAUCGAUGACACCACAAAAGACAAUAAAAGAUGAAAACCAUAAUUCAGUAGAGCCGCCACUCUCAAUAAUGAAGGAAAUCAAAGAGGAGAUUCCUCAAGUUUUGGCAGCCGUUAAAACGGAACUUGAUGAACCGGAAUCCAACGAUAUUAAUAUAACUGAAGAUAAGGAAAAUGUUAAACCAUCUACGUCUGAGAUAAUGCCUCCUAAAUCGUCUUCUCCAAAAAGUCCUUUGGAAAAACCAUCAUCAUCAACAUUGUUGGUAACCGAAAUCACAAAUACACCACCCUCACGUUCUAUACUCACCAAACAACGUGAUCUAUUCUCUAAAGAGCCAACGAAAAUUGUGAAAUUUUCUUCCAAAGAAGAUUUGGUACAUAGCUUUACUCCUCAUACUCCAUCACCAAAUGAGUUGAUGGCAUCCUCCUCACUAACUCCCGUAGCUGCCCAGAAUACGGAUAAGAAAUCAACAGCUUCUACACCAGCUGUAAAAAAGAACACCAGCAAAGCUGUUGUCAAUCAAACUCGUGCAAAAUCGAAUAUUGUCGUACGUCGUGUUUUUGUAGGAUCUAAGCAUGACUAAUGAGAAUAUUUUUUAGCUUUUAAUUUAUGAUUAUUUUUGUAACGUAUUUUAUUUUGAAAAUGUAACAACAGCAAUUGUCCCAUUUGUAUGUGUAUGUAAGCCCAUCUAUGUUUGUUUUUAAAUUGUCCUAUUUUUAUUCCAAUUCUUGCCCAUUAAAACGAAAAACAAAUAAUUGAAAGGAA